AUGGGCUCAGUUGCUGCAGAAAAGAUCCCUCUCCUCACACCAUACAAGCUGGGCAAAUUUCGUUUAUCCCACAGGGUGGUUUUGCCACCUCUGACAAGGUGCAGGUCUUAUGACAAUGUUCCGCAGCCUCAUGCAGUUCUAUUCUACUCUCAGAGAGCUACAAAAGGGGGACUUUUAAUAGCAGAAGCUACUGGAAUUUCCGACACAGCUCAAGGGUACCCAAGAACUCCUGGUAUAUGGACCAAAGAACAAGUGGAGGCAUGGAAGCCUAUUGUCAAUGCUGUUCAUGAGAAGGGUGGGAUCUUCAUUUGCCAAAUUUGGCAUGUGGGAAGAGUUUCUAACUAUGAUUACCAGCCCAAUGGACAAGCUCCUAUUUCUAGUAGUGAGAAAAAAGUCAGUCCACAACCACAACAUGAUGGUACAGUUUCAAUAUACUCCACUCCACGUCGGCUUGGAAUCAAUGAGAUACCACAAAUCAUCAAUGAUUUCAGACUAGCUGCAAGAAAUGCCAUCGAAGCUGGAUUUGAUGGAGUAGAGAUACAUGGAGCACAUGGUUAUAUACUCGAGCAAUUCAUGAAAGAUAGUGUGAAUGAUAGAAUUGAUGAGUAUGGGAGGAGCCUUGAAAAUCGAUGUCGUUUUGCUUUGGAAGUUGUUGAAGGAAUAGUGGAAGAGAUUGGCGCUGAAAGAGUAGCCAUUAGACUCUCUCCCUUCGCUACCGAGGCUGAUUGUUGGGACUCUAACCCAGAUGCACUUGGGGUCUACAUGGCCCAGUCAUUGAAUAAGUAUGAGCUUCUAUACAUCCACAUAACUGAACCUCGAAUGACCUUUGAGGAAGGGAAGCUAAAAAUUCCUCAACGCCUUCAUGAAAUACGAAAAAUCUAUAAAGGAACUUUAAUCACAGCGGGAGGCUAUGAUCGAGAUGAAGGAAAUAAGGCCAUUCAAGAAGGAUAUGCUGAUCUGGUGGCAUUUGGUCGCUUGUUUGUAGCUAACCCAGAUCUGCCUAAGAGAUACGAAUUAAAUGCCCCAUUGAAUAAGUAUGAUAGAACUACUUUCUACACUUCUGAUCCAGUUGUUGGCUACACUGACUACCCCUUUUAUGAAUCGUUGAAGAAUUAA